AUGUCCUGGAAUCGGCCUCAGCUAAAGAGCGGCGUCGAUCUGCAGCUGCAGUCUGCCUUCAACGACGGACAGUGGGCCAAUGUUAUUCGCCUCGCCGAAAAGAGAUUUCGGACCUUUAAUGAUCCCUAUUAUGAGGUCGUGAAAAUCGUGGCCGAGAGCCAUCUGGAAUCUCCCUUGGACAAGGCAUCACCUCUGAUAGCCGUGCAGAAGCUUGUCAAGGAUGCAUCCGCCGUGAGAGAUGCCGACUCCCUUGAGCUGUUGGAAUGGGCGUCGGAGGGUUUCCUUGACGAUCAGGAGUUUUCUGAGACGUUCGGACCCCUGAAGUUGCGUUAUGUCAAGGCGAACCCAAAAGACAAGAACGGGGGCACAAGGUGUCUUGAGUCCUGCUUGCUGCACUGGGACUUGGUUAGCGCACAACAGAUCGCUGCUGUUCUUGAUAAGUCCUUUCCCCAGGAACGGAGCUUUCUGUUCUGGAACAUUGCUAUUACACACUUGCUUGCAACUAGCGACCAAUGUCCUGCCGGGAAGAAGCAGCUUUACGGCAUGUUAGCAUUGAAGCAAAUGCAACGUGCAGCGCAAUUCACCGAACAGCACAGCGGUGCUGAGAAGAACGGUGACGUUCCUGACCGAGCGAUCAAGACCGAGGAAGAGAUCCUGCUCUUCUACCGAAUUUUGGAGGCCCAUGCUUCCGAUGCAGAGUGGGAGGCUGCCCUCAAGGGCCCUACGUUAAACCCUGUAUACCAGCUUAAGGCUGGCCGCAAGGACUUGUUUUUACUUACUAUUGAGGUUUUUGAGCGGAAGGGUCAGUGGAAGGUGGUCUACGACCUCUGCAAGGAGUGUUUCUCGGUAACGGACGACAAGGGCCAGCUGAGUAUUCUCGCAUGCGAUUGGAUUGCAUGGAAGAAGUUCCUCAAUGCUGCUGGCCGGAUAGCAGAAUCUGAUCAAGAAGUCCCUGCUGAGGUCUCGUCGCUUAUCGACCGCUUCCUUUCUCAAGAGGGAAUCCUGUCCAUCUUCAAGCGCAACAUCCGCCUGGCCAGAGUUGAAGCCGCUUUUCAGUUUGCUUCGCUGGAAAGGCAAGCCUCCGAGGGAAAAUCGAACCAAUUCCAGGAGAUCUGCCGCUAUAUCGACAUUGAAUGCGCCUCCCCUGCUUGCUUCGACGACGUUAAAGGUUUUGUAGAACGCCUCCCACCGCAUGAGAUCAAAGAGCUUGCCUAUGAGCACCUCAUCACACUGGCCAAAGAAAUCGAUGAUGUUUCCAAGUCUGCGUCUGUAAAGACACUGGCUUUCAAGUUGCAAUACCUCGGCCUCUCAUCAACAAAGACGAUUGUUCGCGUGCCGAACGAGGAGCCCACAAAACCUAACAACUGGAAGUGUAUAGUCUGCGCCGCUGUCAACAAGUCAUCUACCUGCACUGCCUGCUUGCACAACAUCCUGGAAUCGUCCCUUGCUUUGUACUCCACCCUCAUCAACUCUUCCGACAUUAGCUCUUCACUCGACUGCAUACCCGAACUCGCCGUCCUCGCAGCAACAUGCCUCGUCAGGCUGAGUGGCUGGCACGAGCGCAGCAUCGAUAACACUACUUCGCUUUCGAAGAAUGGCCGGCGAGAUCGCCUCCUCCAGGCAGCCCUCAUUAUCGAAGACCAACUCACAAGAACCCCAAAGCACGUUAGACUAACACUGGUCGUGGUGCGCAUCUACCUUGUGCUCGGAUGCGCAUCCCGUGCCAAGGAGCUGUGGGAUACGGUUGAUGUGAAGCGGACGAUUAUCGAUGCUCUCGGCCCAUUCUUCUUUGACCGAUUAUCAACGAUCGCUCCCACACUGGUCUUGCCGCCCAACAGACCAGAGAGAGGUCUGCUGCAGGGCCUGAAGGCCCACUAUCAAGCCUCUCUCAAGCUGAGAAUGCCCAGGCGACUAGCUGAUGCAUUCGAUUCCGAGAGUUACACUUCCAUUCUCGAGAUGCCCAAGUACAUUGAGCGCUUGCGGAAGAGCUCCACGCUCGUGAUGGGCCACGUGGAGGAAGCAAGAGCUGCUCGUGCGCUCGGCAUCCGGGGCGACUCCGUGUUCGAUGAGCCCGCUGUUGAGGAGAUUGUCGACGAAACAGUGCUGAACGCAAACAUCGACUAUGGAUCUGUACCAAACCUCGACGCGGCGACAAGCCGGCCCAUCUACGACGUCUUGCGUCUGGGUCCCGACCCAUCGAACAUACGCUCGCAUCUGUCACUCGGCGCCGAGAGGUUUUUCGAAACCCUGUCAUACAAGGCGCCGCCCUCCUACAAGGUUGCCAACGUCGCGCAAACGGCGGCAGCCGAACAGACGUUUAUUCUGGAAUCUCUCCAGCACCUGCACACCUCCAUGAGUAGGUUCCUCCACGCCCGAGGAAACAACCUUACCCAGCAGGAAGAGAUAUACUACGAAAUCAUCUCCCUGCUUACAGCCCUGAUCCCGCUUGCCAUGGCCGCCGGCCAAAGCCCGCCGCCCCCGGAGCUCUUUUCCAGCAUAGUGUCGGCCGCCAAAUCCGGCCUCGACGUCCUUCGCGCCCUCUCCCUGUCGACGCCCCCCGGGGCCGCAGAAACCAAGACGUUGUCGAUGCUCGGCUCGCUGCAUGGCAUCUGGGUUCUCCGCGACGCCGCUGUAGCGGUGAAGCUGGCUACAAACUACAUUACUGCGUUCAGCGAACGCCUCAAGGAACGAGACCGCUCUGGACAGAGCAACAUCCCCAAGGACGUAAUGGCGCAGGUGAAGUCUUUGGAAACCGCUGCGGCCACAGCCUUGGCGGAGGGCAAGUCCCACGUGUCGUUGCUCAAGAAGGAGAGUGACACCCUGAACAUUCGGUUGAACAAGUGGACGUUCGAGGCGGAGGCAGGAGAAGACAAGUUGGCACAGCAGAUUCGCGACGUGGCCGGAUCACACGUCGGCGUAUGGACGCAGAAGGUCACCGACAGCUGGCGGACCAACGUGAAGGGAUGGGACAUGGUACGCUGGGAAUGA